CAGCUGACGACGAAGACCACCUCCGCAGUCCGCCUCAGUGUCGUACAAGACGUCGGUGCCGCACAACGUUCGUAGCGCCAUAGUAUAUUAUAAUAUUCCAAACGCAAACCCCUCUGACGUGUGCGCGUAAGAAUUAUCACUUGGACGUAUUAUUGCGAUUUCGUUCGUCUCAAUAAUAACAGUACCUAAUACCGACGGGUACAACAGUAGUUAUACUCUCCUGCGCGUCCACCCGCACUACCGCCGGAGUCGUCUACACGCACCCACCACACCCCACAAAGAAAACCCGCUACAGCCGACGAUUAGGGGAUUACCGGAAGCAGGUAUUUCGGCCGUCCCAGAGGCCUGGCAUUUUUUCUGUGCGUUCCCAAACACGAUUGUUUUGACGACGCAUCCGUCCCUUUCCGGUCACGAGUGAUAAAGCCGACACAUUUCUACACUGAGGUUUCCAAAACUAAUGUAAGAUUCAGACAUGGCGGGUACCGAUACCCGAUGGCUAUUGAUCCUGUGUUUGCUAUCUGCAGCACAAUGUGUUCCUUCCAAGGUAACGUCUCAACCAGAAACAGAUUCCGAAGACUCAAGAAGAGUUCUUGGUUCAAGUGUGGUAACGUCUGUAUCUGUAAUAAUGGAUCAUGGAAAUGGCACAAAAACAUAUUUUGCCGAUGGACAAAGUAAAAACGUGCAUAAACCUACUGAUACCAUAAUCGGUAGUCCUGGAAAUUUAUUAUCGCCAGACCGUUAUGAGUUUUAUACAUUUGACGAAACGGGAGAUUUAGUUAAACGAUUAAUGACAUUAGAUGAAAUACAUGGUUUAAUUGCUGGAGCAGAUCCAGAAUCAGUAAUGGCUGAUGCUUCUCCUACAUAUUAUCAUGAUGCACUAGCGAGUCAUUCAUCGGAAGCACUUAUGCACUUACCCGCUUCAGAUCUCGAAUCACUAGAUGCACCAGCAGUUCACAAGGUUUUAGAAAGUGUACAAAAUGUAUUGAAAAAUGAAAUGGCAGCCAACUCAGGUAAACCUAUUCCUUCUAUGCCUAGUACAUCUUUACAUCGCCCUGAGUCAGCUUCCGCAUGGUCAGCCUUAUUCCCAGGUCUAAUUGAAACUCCAGAUGACGUAGCUCAUCUUUCCGGAUACUUGCUUCCGUCCAAAACAACUGAGUCAAUAGACACACCAUCGACUAAAAAACCAUUGUCACAUACUAAGGCACCGUUAGUAUCAAUGCAACCUCAAUCAACGACACUUAAAUUGCCAUCGUCGUCUAUAAAAACACAAUUGACCACUACAACAGAAAAAAUAAGGUCAACACCAAAGUACUCUACUGUCAAACCUGAAGUAACAACGAAAUUCACUCCAACACAGUCAACAACACAAUGGACAACAUUUAAACCAUCAACAACUAAAAAACCUUUUAAGCCAAUACAGUCAUUUGAGAAGCAAAAACCGGCACUGCAAAAGCCAAUUUCAAUGUUGCAUUCAACUGCUAAACCUCCUAUUAUUGCAGAUAGUCUUGAGAUAAAUAAAGAAAUGUCUGCUUCUAUAUCAGAUAUGCUGUCACAAGUGACUGACAGUCAAUCGUCCAACCACAAACCUUUACAAACUAAUGAUUUAGUAGAAAAAGAUAGUACAUCAGAUUAUGUACCAGAAGAGAGUUCGCCAGAAUUAAGUUACUAUAGUCCAAUAGCAAUGUCGUUGAGCACUGGUGGCGCAUUGAAACCAGUUACAGAAGCUUUAACAUCUGCAAGAAAACCUCCAACUACAAUGUCAUUUAAAUCUACAACUACGGAUAUACCAUUUUCGCAAAAGACCGCUCCUACCAUUACAGCAACAAGAUUUUCACCACCCAAAUCUAAUAUCACCAAACCUCGACCAUAUACGAAUGCUACUACAGCCUCUUAUAUCACAAAGCCAUCAUCGAUGAAUAAAUAUACUGCAACUACUCCUCCAACUACCAGAAACAACUACCAUUAUCCACCAAGUAAUAUGUCAACUAAAUAUAUGCAAAAAAUUACACAAACUACUCAAACUUACCCAAACAAAUUACUCGACAGUUUCGUAAAAGUUGUUAACAAAACAAUAAAUAAUGCAACUCUUAGCGUGAAACAACCAAUUGAUACAUUUUGGAAUUCCACAGAGGAGACAAAGAAUAAAUUCGUUAAAGAGCCUGUUAAAGUUUUCCAAAGCAAAGUCACUUCAUCUCGACCAAACGGCAUAAAUCGAACAAAUGUCACUUUGUCAAAUCGCAUACAAGAAUUAAAAACUACGGCUAUUCCAAAUUUCGGAUUUGGUUCGUCUACCACUACGGUUCGUAGUCAAACAGAACCCGAUAAAUAUGUAUCAGUAAAAGUGGAAGAAUGGCCAAUUACUGCUCAACAUCCAACUGCCUACCCUUCAACUACUCCAUACAUGAGUACUGAAAAAUCGUUCUUUUCUAGCAAUAGUCAGUCACUGAAUUCUGUUACGGAUGCUAACGUCAUUAGAGAUUUAAUAUCGUAUUUUAUGACUAAAACGUCAACAGCUUCCAGUAUCUCCACUAGUACCGCAUCUCCAACUACCGUCAGUGCUGAACAAACACUGACUGCAGCCAUAUCAACUACUACACCAUCGGCAAUAACUACUGUAACUGGAAUUCCAAUAUCAAUGAUAUCGUCCACAGUUAGAGAUUUAGUGACACCCUCAACAACUACUACUACGACAACAACAACGCCAACUACAACAAUAUCAACGAAAACAGAAGCUACGACAGUGGAAACCACAACGACAUCAGCGUCAACGACAGCAGUAAUGGAAGCGGUAAAAACUGCCGUGGAAGCUGCAGAUACAGGUAUAGUUUCAACGACGACAACUGCGGCGUCAACGAGUGCUGCGAAUACGAUAGCGGUCGGUACAACGACUGUUCAGAUGACAACUGGCACACCGAUAACACAGACGACGGCCAGUGUAGCAACAGGCUCGAUAUCAUCCACAACAGCGACCGGAACCACGAUUGAUAAUGCGACCGCGGUUACAUUUACAACACCGGAAUCGGAAACGCAAUACGUACCUGUGACACAUUUUUUGCCAGAAUUACAACUAAAAGAUAGACCAGAAAUUGAAAAUAACAACAGUGCACCGGGCGUAGAUCUGAUGCUCAAAGACGGUAUAAAUGCGGUAACUAGUAUGUUGCAAAACACACAAAAGCCAGCGGUGGCAACGGUUCUUGAAACGGACUACCAGGAAAUGGGUGAGCGCCCUUACGAAAAAUUGUCUUCGGUUGAGAGUAAACAAUCAUCUACCGAACAAACCAGCCGGAAACAAGCAACGGUCAAAUCAGACUUCGACGAGACCACCACAUUUACCAUGUCUGAGAACCCAGCAACACAGGAUUUCUACGACUUCACUACAAUUGCAGCGGAAUCGGUCACCAAAUUCCCAGAGCAAAACGAUACGAUCGCCGCGGAAUCGGUAACUACCAACGACACAGAACAGGUUUUGCGUAAUUCAGAACUAGGCUUGGAAAUGCUGACUGUGUUCAAUGUUAGUUCCACCGAUGGACCUGGACAAGCGGCUAAGUUGGCUGAUUUGUCAUCAGAAACGCAAGUGUUAUUCGACACUACUACGCCAUUUGAAAACCGAGGCGCCGCUACCAAUCCGGCGACCGAUAUUGAAGAACCUGUAACUACAACGUUUACCCUUUAUGUCCCUCCAGUGACGAAGGAUUUGACGGCGUCAACCGUAACUGUGCCGUCUACAUCGACCACCACGACGAAACCACCUUCACCAGCACCAUUAGUGAAAGCAGCGACCGUAACACCAGCAUCAGUAGCAACAGUAACAGAAGCAUCAGUAGCUACAGCAACAGCAUCAACGACAACAGCAGCAGCAGCAGCAGUAUCAGUCACGGCGUCAGAACCUGAAAUCCAAAACUCGACCACGCCAGCAGCCGAAAACUCUUCCGCGGCAGUGGCAAACUAUACCACUUGGUCUACGCCAGCCGUAGUCACGCUGCCGCCUGCGGUCAAAUCACCUGGACCUUCAUCCAAUGCGUACAGACCACCAAUGGCUAAUAGUGCAUCUCCGUCUACAGUCGAGCUGCAUCCUGCGCCGCACGAGAGCAUGGGCAUGGAAGCUAGUGUAGCGUUCUUGGGCGAUGACGUGCGCCGAUUUGCCGACCUUUGUAACGAGCUGUCGUUCAAAAUGUGGACAGCCGUUACCGGAAAAGGUCAAAUAGCGUCUAGAAGUCUGGUGCUGUCUCCCUUCGAGCUAACCGCCAUGCUGGCUAUGGUAUUCUUAGGUGCCCGUGGUUCCACUUCCGGUCAGAUGAACGACGUACUCAGGCUUGAUGAUAUGGUGACAUUUAAUCCUCAUCAAGUGCUUCGGAACAUAACGCAUUCAAUAACGAAUGUCAACAAUCCAGGAGUGGCCACCGCAUCUUUUGUCAGGGAGAUAUACAGCCACAAGGGAAAUGGAAAAAUAUUGGAAUUCUAUAAAGAACGAGUACAGCAGUAUUACGAUGGGCACGUAGAAGAAGUUGACUUCAAUGCAAUUGGAGACGUUUUAAGGAGACGAACGAAUUUAUUAGUCAAAAGACAAACUUUGGGUCGUGUUGUGGAAUAUCUUCGUGGAUCUGGCUUAAGUUUGACACCGCCAUUUGCUGCAUUCAGUGCUAACGUAUUCCAGACGAGUUGCGAGAGCGCGUCAACCGAAGGCCGCGACGGUGAAAUGUACUUCGUGGUGAGACCGUCGACCAGACAGCGACGGCUGGUCCCGGUGCCGGCGGCCGUGUGGCGCAGCGGGUUCCUGGCCGGCUACGAGCCCGGACUGGACGCGACGGCCGUGUGCCUGGGCCCGGACUCGGCAGUGUCCACCAUACUGGUGCUGCCCGGCCAACAGGGCCAGGUGGCUCCGGGCGACGGGCUCGCCCGACUGGAGCAGCGGCUCAUCGAGACGUCCUACCGGCGAGGCGGCUGGUCCCGCGUGCUCCGCAGCCUGUUGCCCCGGCCCGGGCUCGAGCUGCAAGUGCCGCGGUUCUCGCACCGGUCCGUGCUGAACGCCACGGCAGCCCUGCAAAAGAUGGGCCUGCGCGACGUGUUCAGCGAUCAGAAGGCAGACUUGCGCGGCGUCAACGGCCUGUACGACCUGUACCUGUCCGACAUGCUGCAGGUGAACACGUUCAGCACGUGCGGCGAGGACACCAUCGGGGCCCGACACCACGUGGAAACGUAUCCGGCGUCGCCACAGCGGAUGGGUCGCGCCGGUCGCCACGGUGGCCGAGAAAGCGGUCGAAACGACGACGACGACAGUCACACGAGCGGCGACGACGAAAGCCUCACGAGCGGCGACGGAAGUAUUCACGACGGCGGUCGCCGGAAACGCGACGCGGACGACCUGCCGCUGCACAGCCCGUACUCGCAUCUGCCGCUGAACCUGCGACCCAGGCAGGCGAGGCUCCCGGACGUGCCGAGGCUCCGGUUCGACAGGCCGUUUUUGUAUCUGGUCCGGCACAACCCCACGGGAAUGAUCAUCUACUUGGGCAGGUUCAACCCGAGGCUGUUGCCUUGAACCGUCGUACAGCGACCGCGAUAAUAAUUAACGAAAUCGUUGUUGUUAGUUAUUGUUGAUAUCGUCAAAAAAUAUAAUCUAGCGUUAUAACUAUGUACACACUAUUACACUAUUGCCAAACGAUGAUUUUUUAAAGUGAGUUUCUAUUUUUAAAAUAUAAAAUUGACCGCAAGACAUACCUCCGUUUUUGCAACCAAAAAUUGACUAAUUUACACACGAGUAUAAUAUAUUGUGUUUGGCAUUAGGUUUUAUGGAACUAAUCCGGUCGAUUUCACUGACAUUUAACAAUAAAAGUAUUUAAAAAUGAUCCAUUAUUGAUAUUUUUCAAAUAAUUUUGUGAUCUUGGUAAAAUCGACAUCCUAAAUGUUUAUUUAAGUUUAAUAUUAUAUACGAUAAUCUUACAUUUUAUUUAUAAAGGUAUAUUUAUUUUUAUACGUACAAUUUAUCAUUAUUAUUAUUAUUAUUAUUAUGAUUAUUAUCAUUUUUCAAUUUAUUAUUAUAGUAAUAAUUAAUUAUACUAAAUGCGUUAUUAAAAAAAUUGUGACACGCUUUGUGAUAUAUAUUUUGGCAAUGUAAAAUUACAUAUUUUA